CUAAUAUUUCGUUGCUGACGAAUUAGACGUGGAUGAAAAAGGUGGAUUAUUGUGCUUUCAUAUCAAGAUCUAUGACAGUGGGAUCACUCGGGCAUCCACCGAGUUCAACGUAGUUCUUAACAACCGACAACAAUCAUCACAAGGAAAUCUGCCUAGAAUUUCCCUGCACUUGAUUGGCUUUGGCUUCUACACUUAUACCCUGACGUGUCAACCGCUAUCGCAGACGGGAUUACCACUUCCUCUAUAUUUCACUAUGGAAAUUAAGGAGGAAGUGGACUUUGAAAAUAUGUCUCCGAAAAUGAAGGUUUUUGUAAGUCUGAUCAUCAGCUGCAUUUCUUGUGUUAACUUUGUUCAAAUUGUCGAUGGCCAAACCUGCGACAAGAGAAACCAAUUGGGUACCUGUGCGACAUUGACAUGUCCACCGGCGCAAAAUGGUGCAAUUUGCGAAAAGAGACGCUGCGUGAAUAACAAUGAAGGAACUGCUCCUUAUGUUGUUGUCAUUAGUUCCGCAGCUUCUGGUGCUCUCGUAUUAUUGUUAAUCAUACUCGUUGUAACAGGAUUGUGUAUCCGAUCACGGAGACAAAGCAGAGGUGUUCCUGAUCCCAAAAUGUCGGUACCACCUGUAGCGAAUUCGUACCUUUUCCGCUCACCAUCAGCAACGACAAGACUCGUCAAUGCGGCCUACAACCCACGUCCUCCUCUUCCGCUGAUUGACGUCGAAGACGAAAAUCCGUAUGAGUACGAAACAGUCGAUUUUCCAGAACUCAAACCGCAGUUGACUAAUUCAACCGAUGAAGCGGAAAACGGUUAUUUGAUUCCAACUCCUUUAACAAAACCAAAACUUCCUCCUCCUCAAAUUUUGGAUCCUGCAUACAACUACUGAAUGACGGGCAAUACAAUUGCUAGUGGGAUCUAGGUCUUUACUUUCGGGUGUUGAAAGGAUUUUUGGUCAUUGUUAACAUUGAUCUUUUUCUAGAAUCCUGCUCUGAAUCUAUUCCGCCUAGAAAUAUUGGUUGCAUUUUUUAAAAUUAUAUUUUCAUUCAAAUGUUUCAUUUUUUUUUAUUGUUGAAUUUCUGCUCUUUAAUUUUAUUGCCGUUAAAUUUAUAUCAACACAGGAAACCAAUUUCCGUCGCCGCUGCGAAUAGAAGAGAAUAAUAACCACCAAGGAAAAAUAACCGUCGAAUUUCAAAUAUUUUUUCAGAGUUCCUUUUAUUCUGGCCCGCAGAACCAGUCGGAUAUUCUGCGGAGACGCAAACAUGUUCUUAUCCACAAAAAUUGUUACCACCUCGAUUUACAGUGCUUUACUUCUAGGAUUCCUUCAGAUCUAUGGAUGCAAGGCAACGAGAUGUGGCGCUAAAUUUGAAAAUGCUAAGUGUUCCGACAAUCUGUGCUGUUCAACUUCUGGAUAUUGUGGUGAAACGAUAGAACAUUGCCUUACAAUGUGUAAUCCAAAAUAUGGCCGCUGCGAUCCUUUCAGAGUCAAUGCAUCGAUUGGAUUCCGCGUUGAAGGAAACCAGUGCGGUUCGGGAAAUGAUUUUAGAUAUUGUGCCGGCAGCAUGUGUUGUUCAGAAUACGGAUAUUGCGAUGUAUCGGAUGAACAUUGUGGUGAUGGCUGUCAACCUUAUUACGGACGUUGCAAUGCAAUUGCGAAAUGCAAUUUACCAUCAUACAAUGGCCACAUUUUCCCAGAAAUAACAAGUCAACAGCGUACGCUGAUAAGUGCAAAGAAUAAUUACUGGUACUUUCUUUGCGAACCGGACCAUAUUUUGAAAAAUGUUACACGGCGGCUGCAACCGGUCACUUGCAAUAACAUUGAUGGAACUUGGCCAGCAAAUUAUUAUCCGGAAUGUGUUGAAAACACGGCCUUUAAACACGAUGUGAUCACGGAUGUGGCAUUGGACGGGAAUUUAAUUACUUGCGACCAAAAACCCAGAAGAAAUGAGGUGAAAAUUGGAAUCUAUGAUGCGCAUUCUUUGAUACAAGACAUUCGUAUUACCGUACGAGAAACCGGUAACUACAACUUCAGUGUGUCGAUCGUGGACAUUAUCCAAAGGAAUAACGUGACUGUCCGCUAUACAAAGCGAUAUGACGGCAUUAUCAAGUACGGCCAAACUGUCGUUUUCUUCACUAACAUGAUAACACCUUUAAUGAACAAGGCGCGAAGAUUCGUCCACUUCACUCCCCAUGCUGGAAUGAGAAUAUGCGAAAUAGAAGUUCAUUCCUACAACUCGGGAAAAUGGAACGAAAUUAUGUUGGUUGCUGUUGGCAUGAGUUCCGUCAUUUUCUUCCUUUUAGCAGCCCUGAUAGUAACCGUCUUUUGUUUGCGAAACCAAAGCAGUACACGCCCUGUCGCAGCUGUUUCUAAAAAUAAAAAUCAGAUAAGCAAUAGAUACUCGUGGAGAAUUAGUCAACAAGCGCCUCGUCCGCCAUGUCUGGAUGUCAACUUCCGUGCCUUACAUACUUUCAACUAUGACGAAAAUCACUACGAGUAUGAAGAAAUCGUCACCUACACGGAUGUUUCGAUACCGCAAACUAAUCGGAUUCAAACGACAGAAUCACUAUGUCCCGAACACUCGUACGAUGAAGCAAUAAGUUUGGGUGCACACUUGAACAAGCCAUAUUUACCUCCUCCGCCUGUUCCACAUUUCUCAACUGAAUGAUAGACAAAAGAAAUUAAUGGCAAACAUCAUAUGAUUCAAAAGUCCAUUUCUUAUGAACAGUUAUCUGAAAUUGGGAUUCUUGAAGCUUCUUAAUAAAGAUUCAGAUUGUGGAUAUCCUUGUUUGAUACGACCUUGCUGGUCUGUGUGGUUGUUCCUAGUGUUCCAACCGGACGUGGUUUUGGAAGCCAUAAAAUGGCGUAUGUCGGCAUAAUCGCCGUCAUAUCCUUUUCUGUAUUUUGUUUGUUUUGUUUCAGUGACUGACUUGGCCCUAAGAAAUGCAGUUAAUCGUUACUUUAGUCAUCUUCGUCAUCGCCGUAACCUGUACAAUGAUGCAGGAAACCAGCGAUACACCUGAAGCGAUGGUCCUUAAGGAACAAACUGAAUUACUCAAAACAAAAGUUGUCCGCCUUCGCAACUUGAGGAACCUGUUGAAGAACAGCACGUUCUUUCGUAAUUGGGAAGGCACUUGCCCGUCGGAGUUGGAUGCCCAGGUGCGUUGCUUCAAAAUUACUGGGAAACAGGAAAACAAUUGUCUUUGCUGGAGCACUGCAGUGGUGAAAGUCAACUGGUUCACGGCUACCGCCUUUUGCGAUUACCACGGCAUGCAUUUGAUCUCCUUCUCUUCAAAUAUUGUAGGCAACAAGAAUGGCCUCUCGACACUUUGGAAUUCGAACGGCAGAGUUGCAAUAUGGACUUCAGCGAGUGACGUGAUUACUCGCCGUGCAUGGGUCUUCCGCAAUGGAGCUAUUUUAAGCAAACAAGAAGCACAUCGGGGCCAAUCGAUCGAUGGACUCGAUGAAUUGCUUCUGGAGAACUUGGAACCGAUGCAAAAUGGAAGCUAUCCAAACCUUAAACUACCCACCACCUGCAUCAGUGCCAAUAUAAUCGAUUUGGGAACAAACCUAACAUUUUAUCCGGAAUCGUGUUUGGAAAACAGGCCAUUUGUUUGUGAGCAAUUUAUUCUGUGAUAAUCUUUUUAAGGAAAUAUUUUUCAGCUUUAAUUUGCGCCACUUACUGAUGGGCCUGCGACUGAAGAUUGCGGCCCUUUUACAA